AUGAAGAGUAAGGAAUACGCGGACCGGGUGCGACUGUUUGUGGUCUCGGACACUGGCAAAGGCAUCUUCAAAUGCGCGGUGGCAUACCUCCUAGGCAGUCUGGCGACUUUUGUGCCUCCUUUAAGUCAGUUGUUUGGUCGGCAAAAUUCUAAGCACAUGGUCGCCACUAUCACUGUCUAUUUUCAUCCGGCUAGGUCACUUGGGAGUAUGCUCGAUGCGCUCAUCCUCGCCGCAACAGCUUUCCUCUACAUCGCAAUGAUCUCGCUUUCGAGCAUGAGCGUGACGGUCUUCUUUGCGGACACUGUCCAUUUGAUUGCACUUGGACAUGCCAUUGUUCUGAUUGUCUUCCUCGGCGGCGGCCUCGGUCUUGUGGGCUGGGUCAAGCUGAGGAAGAACGAUCCAUUGGUCAACAUAGCAUGCUCCCUCACCUCAUUGGGUACCAUCACUGUCCUUACUAAAGAAGGAGCAGUUCAAGCGGGCGACUAUUCUUUGGCCUCGAUUUCGCAGAUUCUCAAGAUGAUUGUUGCAGGUGUGAUAGCUACGAUGCUUGUGUCGAUCCUGAUAUUUCCGAUUUCCGCCAGAAAGAGGUUGAGGAAAGGUCUUCUGGACGUCACCGACUCUCUCUCCGACAUGCUAGCAUUGAUCACGAGCAGCUUUUUGUCCGGGGACGAGUCGGAGUUGGAGGACAGUACGUUGUCCAAAAUUAGCGAUCGCCACAAGAAGCUGUCCUCCUCGAUUACUCAAAGCCUGAAGGAAGCAAAAUAUGAGCACUACCUUUUGGGCACCGAAAGGCAAGCGUUCGUCGAAGUCAGACUGGCACAAUGCAUUGAACGAAUCUCGCAGAGCAUUGGUGGUCUUCGAAGCGCGGCUGCCAUGCAGUUCGUCGUUACUAACGAACCCCCUUUUGGCUCUUCCUCGCGCUCCAAUGCUCUGGCGACGUCCGCUCCUCUUUGGGCGAGCUUGAUGGGAAACAAAAAGGGCAGUAUUGAUGAGGGGGAACGAGAUUUGCUGAGCUACUUCAACCCGCCGUCGCCAAAUGAGACACCCACCAACGGUAGAUUGGAGUCGUCCCAACAUGAACCGCCCUUCAGAACCCCUACGCAGAUUUUCGAACUGUUCAUUGAGAACCUGGGCCCUUCCAUGAGGUCUCUUGCCUUCACGCUCAAAGAGAUUCUGGACCACUUUCCCUUCGACGCGUCUCGAGAUUUCGCUGUCGCAACGACUCCAAAAUUCAAGUUCAGCCUCGAGCGCGCCUUAGAGUUGUACAAGGAAUCUCGCAGACAAGCGCUGGCGGUUGUGUAUAGCCAGAAAGACAUGGAUCGUUCACGGCCACUACCUGUUCAGGCUGAUUGGGAGGACGCAGCAGCUUGCUGUGGUCAUUUUUCAUUCUCACUGGUAGAGGUGGCUGAAUCAAUCAAGGAAUACUUGGUUAUUCUGGAUGAACUACAGCUUGAAGUUGAUGAGAAUCCUCGCGGCAGGACAUGGAAUUGGUUGAAAUUCUGGCGAUCGUCCGAAGAACGUACGGAGCUUGAUAGUUUCGAUCCUGAGUUUGCGGAAAUCUUGAAACGGACAGAUCAACUUGGCCUUCAAUUCAUCGACCGUCCUCUGGAAAUCUCCAACAAUCACAGUUCGCCCGUGGGACUGGAACAAAAUCAGUUCAAACAAAGGCUCUUUCGUAGGGUCUACCACGCCGCAUCCUUCCUCAGGCGCGACGACAUCAAGUUUGCCAUCAAGGUCGGGAUUGGUGCUAUGUUGUACGCCCUGCCUAGUUUCCUUCCAUCCACUCGGCCAAUUUACUCCCAUUGGAGGGGGGAAUGGGGUCUUUUAUCCUAUAUGCUUGUAUGCAGCAUGACUAUCGGCGCAUCGAACACCACGGGAUAUUCCCGCGUGCUUGGGACGUGUUUGGGAGCAGGACUCGCUUGCCUCGCUUGGGAGGUAUCAAGCAAAAAUCCAUUUGUGCUGGCCUUUUUCGGGUUCUGCAUGGCGUACUGGACGGCAUACAUCAUAAUUGGGCAAGGCAAGGGUCCCAAGGGCCGUUUCAUCAUGCUGACAUACAAUCUUGUUGCCCUCUAUGCUUACAGCCUUGCUAGCCUGGAUGAUGAUGACGGGGGCGAUGAAGAAGACUCGGGAAGAAACCCGCUGAUCCUCACCAUUGCCUGGCAUCGUGUUGUGGCAGUAACAUCCGGUUGCAUCUGGGGCUUGAUUAUCACGCGCGUCAUUUGGCCGAUUUCCGCACGGCAGAAAUUAAAAGAUGGUCUUUCACUUCUAUGGCUGAGGAUGGGAAUGAUCUGGAAGAGAGAUCCGUUGGCAACCUUGACCGACGGCGUCCACCCAGACCGGUACAUGAAUCUCAAGGAAGAAUUCUACUUGCAGAGGUUUCUGGCCAAACUCCAAGGCCUAGUCGUGGCCUCCAAGAGUGAAUUUGACUUCAGGAGACCGUUUCCCCAUGCCGCCUAUGCUCGGAUCCUCAAACUCACGGAGCAAUUACUGGGAGCAUUUCAUGCCAUGAACGAGGUAAUCCUCAAAGAUCUCCAUGCGUCGCCAGGAGAAGAAGCUUUACUCAAGGCUACGGUCGCCGAACGGGCGCAGCUUUGCGGCCGCAUCAGUCAUUUGUUCAGCGUGCUUGCCAGUUCAAUGAAGCUCGAGUAUUCAAUUCCAAGCGAUGCUCUGCCCAGCAUCGAACACACCAGGGACAGACUGCUGGCCAAAAUCUUCGCCUAUCGGGCAAGUGAUGCACAGCAACAGAAGACAACCGAUGAAGACUACAGUCUAUUGUACACGUAUGCUCUGGUCACGGGCCAAUUGAACCUUGGAAUUCAAGCUGUACUGAAGGAAGUGGAGGGUCUUUUCGGUGUACUCGACGAGGAAGCACUUCGCCUUGAGUUUUGA